GCCAGCCUCACCAUUUCUAUUCUCUAUCAAAAUAUCCCCUCAUAUAAUCUUUAAAAAAAAUAAAAAAAUCAGCAUGCUUACAAAAUUUUGACCUAAUUUAAUUUUCUCUGCUUUAAAAUUUUAAUUAUUCCAAUUUCCAUGGCGUCCUCCUCGUUUGUAGAAAUUGAGCGGUUCCAUUUGAUACCAGUACUGUCAGUAACUUGCCCAUGCCACCGCCCUCUAUUAUCUAAAAAUUCCCUAAUUCUCAAUCGAAAGAAACUCAAUUUCGAUCUCCUCUUAAAUGGAUCCAAAACCGCAGUUCCGGUUCACGCUAAGAGGGCGACGGCGAAGCGGUGGUUAAUUACGUCCGUGGCCAGAGCUGAGGCUGAUAGCGUCGACGAAGACAGCGGCAAAGAGGAAGUUGAGAAAGAUCAAAUUUCACCUGCAAAGGAGCAUUCUGUUUCACAACUUCAACAAAAAGCAAGUCAACUGAAGAAAAGAAUCAUUUUUGGACUUGGGAUUGGGAUUUCUGCUGGAGGCAUAGUAUUAGCUGGAGGAUGGGUUUUCACUGUAGCUUUAGCUGCCGUUGUAUUUGUUGGUGCGCGUGAGUACUUUGAAUUGGUUAGAAGUCGUGGAAUCACUGCAGGAAUGACUCCACCUCCUCGAUAUGUGUCACGAGUUUGCUCUGUUAUUUGUGCUUUCAUGCCUGUUCUUACAUUGUAUUUUGGUCAGAUUGAUAUUCCAGUGACAUUUGCUGCUUUUGUUGUGGCAAUGGCAUUGCUUCUACAGAGAGGGAAUCCUCGUUUUUCUCAGCUUAGUAGUACUAUAUUUGGGCUAUUUUAUUGUGGAUAUCUUCCUUGUUUCUGGGUGAAGCUUCGAUGUGGUUUAGCAGCCCCUGCCUUGAACACAAGAAUAGGAACAACAUGGCCUGUUCUUCUUGGAGGACAAGCUCAUUGGACUGUGGGUCUUGUAGCAACCUUGAUUUCUAUGAGCAGCAUCAUUGCAGCCGAUACAUAUGCUUUUAUAGGAGGCAAGGCAUUUGGCAGGACACUCCUAACUAGAAUUAGUCCAAAGAAGACAUGGGAAGGAACAAUUGUAGGCUUGGGUGGCUGUAUAGUCACUUCGGUGGUACUGUCAAAGUUUUUUUGCUGGCCAACAUCCUUGCUAAGUGCAAUUGCUUUUGGGUUUCUAAAUUUCUUCGGAUCUAUUUUUGGUGAUCUCACGGAGUCAAUGAUCAAACGUGAUGCAGGAGUCAAGGACUCUGGCUCAUUAAUACCUGGACAUGGUGGGAUACUGGACAGAUCAGACAGUUACAUUUUCACUGGUGCACUUGCGUACUCCUUUGUUAAAACCUUCCUGCCACUUUAUGGAGUUUGAGAUAAUUUUUUAUCAACACAAGAGAAGAGAACAGAGCCAAAGCUUUUUAGGUUUUCUUAACUCCAGAAAUCCAGGAGCAUGAAGAAGCCCGUACAUGAAAGUAGGAAUUUGUGAGGGGCAGAUGAAAAUUAUUUUUGUUCUGGAAACCUCGGAGAAGGAUGAUGAGGCUAAACUUGCAACUCUACCAGGUCUCUUCAACAUUUCUCCCUGGAAACCCUUGCAAGAGAAUGCUUUUCUUAUAUACUAAUGUUUCAAUUUUCCCUGUACUUCACUGUUUAUUCAUACAUUGCGUACCUCUGCAUUACCAAGGAUUUAUGUUGAUCUCUAGGAUAGAGCUGCCUUCCUCUGGGAAUUACAUUCCCCAUUGAUUUCAUGCAAGGCAGCCCUCACCAGAGUUGAUGCAAGUAUUUCUGAGCAAUAAUGAAGUUCAUAGUUCAUUCA